UCCGGAGCAGAAGGUGGCGGUAAUGCACCAAUACGCUGGAUGCCAACCGCCGUAAAAAUAUAAGAAGAAGAACAGCAGAACGUCAUGACGCACGACGUCACGCCCGGGUCAUGUGACCGGUAUUGCGAGGAAGCGGAGUCCAUCAGAAAAAUCCUCCCGAGAUGAAUCGAGCAAUUAUUAACACGGUGUUUGCGCUUUUAGGCCUUUUAUCAGGGGUUUUGGGUGACAGUUUGACUGUUUUGCGCAGCCCGCAGUACGUCACCUUCCGGGAUGGACAGUGGCCCAUAUCGGGAGAAAAGAUCCCUGAUCUAGUCGCCCUGACCAUGGGCUUCUCCAUCCAUGAGGAUCUUGAUUGGCCAGGUCUGGCUGCCGGUUGGCUGUUCCAACGCCCGCGUGCAAACGCUCUGAUCGUCGUGCGUGGCUUGGACAGCCUCGACUUUCCGAAAAACAUUUCCUGUUACCCUCUUGAAAACCCGGUUCCGUUCACCCUGGACAGUGUGGCAAACACGGUGCACACUCUGUUUGCUGACAGCACCCCUGUGGUCUUGCAGCUCGCCCCAAGUGAGGAGAGGCUGUAUAUGAUGGGAAUGGCCAACACAGUGUUUGAGGACCUGCCCGUGACCCUGCAACAGAUCCGUGGACGUCUGUCCCAGGACGGAUCCGUCCUCACAUCCCUUCCUCUCGUCUCUCUCAGUCGUAAUAACGAGGCUGAUCUUCUGUUCCUCUCUGAGGUUCAGGUGUUGUACGACAUCUCUGCUCUGUUGCAGAAACACAAGCAUCUGGCUAAAGACCCGGCUCCUGACCUGUACUCUCUAGAGCUCGCGGGGUUGGAGGAGAUCGUCCGCCGCUACGGCACAGACUCCCCUCAGUUCACCGACGCUACCAGAAUCCUGACGUCUGCUCUGCAGAAGUUCGCAGACGAUGUCGCCAAUGUCUAUGCAAACAACGCGGUUGUAGAAGUCGUGACUGUGAAGACGUUUGAAGCCCCUCUGACCAGGAAGUCACGCUCCAUCCUCGAGUCCAAGCAGAUCGGUGCGAGAAGAAAGAAUCGAUUCAAGACCACUUCUAGUAACCCAGGCAGCCCUUACAACCUGGCCUACAAGUACGACUAUGAUUACGCCGUGGUCUUUAACAUUGUCCUGUGGCUGAUGAUCGUGUUAGCUUUAUCCGUCAUCGUGAUCUCGUACAACCUCUGGAACAUGGAUCCCGGAUAUGACAGCAUCAUUUACAGGAUGACCAAUCAGAAGAUCCGAAUGGACUGAUGUCGUCCUCCGCAUCCCAUUCCAUUUUGUGUUUUGUAUUUGAGUGCAUUUGAAUGUGUUUUAUUUUUGAUGUGUGCACCACAGAAUUGCUUGUAUAAAUGCUAUGACGCAAUCAAACACAGAUAUAAAGAUUAUUUAUUAAUGCCUAUUGAUAAAUGGAGAAAUAAAAUUGCUUGCGACGUUUCUUAAUCGUCGUAUCUUGUAGAUUUGCAUAAUGUGAAUCUACUGAAGAGGAAAAUCUGAUGUAAAGAAUUGAAAUCUAACUCUAUUUAUUGUUUGUUGUUCACUUCAUCGUGCUGUUUUCCUUCCUGAAUACUGGAUAUGGUGGAAUUGCUCCAUUGCCAUGUACAUUUGUUUAAUUGAAUAAAUGUCGUUUUCAUUGAAUAUAACUAUAAAGUAGACUGUUGACUUGUGUACAAGGCCGUAACCAUUUCUUGAGCAUUGAACAUUUUUAAUAAGGUAUAGAAAUAGAACGUUCAAGGAAAUGCUAAAUCUAAUUCUAGUAGGGAAGGAAUCAUUUUUAACUAUUUGCAAAUAAUAUUUUAAAGUAUGCACACAUUCACUCAUUUGUAUGCCUAAUAUGGCGAAAACACAAAAUGUUACUUCACUUGUCUGGUCACGCUCAGUUUCAGGAAUUACAUGAAUCACAUAUAUGAUGCCAAAACGGCCAUAUUUGUGGG